AUGGCGUCUCCAAGGCUUCCGUUCCUCUACCCGAACCUGAUGCGCGCGGUCAAGUCCUGCGAACCGUCCACGCACCGCUCCCUUCGCGUGCCCUCGAAUGCCCGCCCGCCCCGGGGUUCGCGAGCUCCCUUCCAUACCACUCGACGACGUGCUCAGGGCUCCAUACAACGACGGUAUGGGCCGGCAGUCGAACCUAAUAUCCCGCCGCCGUCCCGGUUGAAGGACGAGAGCACCCCGGGUCCUAGCGAGGACUCUGGCUCCAAGUCACCGUCGGAGAAGAGUGCUGCUUCUUCAACUCCAGAGCAGGCCAAAUCUGGGUCGCAGUCGGAAUUGCAACUACCUCAGUCCACGGAGGACCCCUCUGCUGCUUCUCAGCAAUCGGCAGGUGAGAAAAGGGCGGAGUUGAUUGAGAAUAAGACUUCGAAUGAAGAAGAACUGGAGCCGGAAGAAGAAGAGGAGGAGGAGGGGGGGGAGGAAGCUGCGCCGGAAAUUGCUCGUGGAAAGCAACAGCACCCUAACCCUGAGGAAAAAUAUGCUGAAGAACAAUCCAAAUCGCCAAUAUUGGAUGGAAACCCGCUAGAAGGCGUCCUUCAUAUGCCAUCGCCCUCAUCGUACCUUACUCCUUCAACGUUACCACACAACCGGCCCCCGCACAUGGCUCCACCACCCUACGUCCACCACUUUGAUACCUACUCCCUCGUCCAGGACCUCGCAAAGGGCGGAUUCACAGAUAAGCAAGCUAUCACAAUCAUGAAAGGCGUCCGCAAAAUCCUUCAAAACAACCUGGACUUCGCUAAGCAAAAUCUCACCUCGAAAUCCGACGUUGAGAACGAAACAUACCUCUUCAAAGCAGCCUGCUCAGAGCUUCAGUCGAGCCUACAAACAGCUCGCAACUCAGAGAUACAGCGCCAGCGCGCCUCUCGGACCGCAUUAGAGCACGAGGCAGAUAUCCUCUCGCAGCGAACGAACCAGGAACUUGCAGGACUCAAGGAUGAUAUCAAGGGGAUGUUCAAUGACCAUAAGAUGACAGUGAGAGAGUUACAGCGGAGCAUCGAUACUUCUGUGCAGGAGCUCAACUAUAAAAUUACGGUAUCGUUGAACAGUGAUAGUAAGAGCGAGAUUGAGGGGCUGAGGUGGAUUCUGACAAGGAGAGCUGCGUUGGCAAUUGCCACGAGUGCUUUCAUGAUCCUCCUCUUCCUCCGUUACUCAUCUACCCAACGAGCUCAGAACGCCGCUGAGAAGAAAAAGCAAGAAGCGCCUUCUCAAAAGCCGGCAGAGUCCCGCACGCCUUCUGUGUUGGCUACUCCUGGACCUCAGGAUGUAGUUCCUGUGGCGCAUCUCAGCGAAUCUCUAGGCUAA